AUGAUGCAGUACCACUCGGAGCAGCCCUCGGGGCUCCCCCCGCACAAGAGCGGAAGCCGCCGGCGCGCAACGGUCGCGUCCGUCAGCCCGCUCGAGCUGCGCCUGCAGGAGUUUCACAUGGUCGGGGGAGGCGGAAGCGGGGCAGGCGGAAUCGGGGGAAGCGCAAUUGAGCGCGGAAGCAGCAAGCACGCAGGGUCCGGCGUAGGAUUACAUGUUCGCAGCGCUUCGCCACAAAGUGUCGCUAACCACGCGGAGUCGCCCGGGCACAUGUCGGACGGGCGCAGCAGCCACUCGAGCCACGAGGGGCGCCGCCGGCGAAAAUCCUCCGAUAACGUCGCCGUCGAGGCGCGGGCCGCGUUGGCCGGUCUUAGUCUUUCCGGUUUAAGCGGCGGGUACGGGGCGGUCCCUACGGGCACGGGGAACAGCACGAACGGCGGCGGGGGGCGAAGCAGAAGCGGCGCAAUGGGCGGCGCGGCGAGACAGCCGACGCUGGAGUCGAUGCGAAACGGGGUUAACAACAGCAGCAACAGCAGCAGUAUCAAUAGCGUCGUCGAUCCGCGAUUACCGCUCGUCAACACCCCCGACUCCAUACCGUCAGAUGCGGACAAGCCGCGCUUUCCGUUAAAGCCAUCCGUGAACGCGGCGCAAUUUCCACCGCAGAGCGCGGAUUUGGCGGCGGCGGCGGCGGCUUUGGCGGCCGCUGCCGGCGGAGCCGCGUAUUGCAAGCCGCGGUACCAGUUUUGCCCGAAUUGCGGGUUUCAGUUAGUAGAAAACCCGAUAAUAGAACCCAUCUUAAAGCCCAUUGUUCCCGCUAUGGCGGAGGAGGAGACGGAUUCGGAACAAGACUGCGACGACGACGCGAGCGAGGUAUCUGUGCCACGUGUCAAAGCGCCAUUGGCGAACGCCAAGGCGAAAACCAAGAAGGGGAAGAACCACGCGGAAAAAGAAAGGCCGCGCAGCAGGCGUUCUUCCGCGGAGCACAGUAGCAGCGGCGGGGGUGAUUCCGACGCCGGCGGAGCGGGCGGAGCUUCCGCCGCGGGGAGAGCGGGAAGCGACGCGGAAGAGCCUGGCGCGCGGAAGCCCCCCCCCGCGUUUCCCCCGUCCGCGUCUUCCGCAGGGAAAGAGAUUGAGGGGAGCCGCAUGGACCGGCUGAGAGCGCCGGAGGUGGGGCAGCGCCAGGUGCUCCGCCACAUGGAGAAGGGCGGGGGAGCGGGCGCGGGCGGCGGAAAGGGGCGCCAUCGGCGCAUCGGGAGCGUUGAUCAUAAUAUUUAUUCCGCCGCCAUGCCGCUCACGAAGGGGCGGCUGGCGGGCGGCGCGGGGGCAGCGGCGGGGAGGGAUCAGGGUUACGGGGAUGCGGAGGGGGGAGGGAUCGGCGCGGGACGCGCGGGGAUGAGGGGGAUAGCGUCUCCCGUUCAGGAGGAUGACGGGGAGGGAACGGAGCGUAGCUCGCCGACGGAAUCCGUCGCGUUGUCUGACGUGUCCGCGGUAACGGGGCGCGACGCGCCGGGUGGCAGCGCAAUCGGCGGCGCGAGCGCCGUCAGCGCCGCGAUUUCCGCCCACAGAAAGCGGCUGGGGAUCGGGGGCGAUGGGGGGAGCGAGAGGGGGAGCGAGCGGGGGAGCGAGAGGGGGAGCGCGGCGGGUUCGCCCAGGGGGGAAUCUGGAGGCGCAGGGUCUCCGCGGAAAUCCGCUAUAGGGCUGAAAAAGCUACAGCUAAGAGUGGAAAUCGGGGCAGAUGAUAGCGGGGAUGAGGGCAGAGAGGUUAAACUGGUGGCGGUAGGGCCCCCCGCGGGGAAGGCCGGGGGAGGGGGGAUGGGAGGAGAGGGGGCAGGGGGAAGCGGAGCAGGAGGAAUGGGGAGAGGAGUGCGGGGAGUGGCUGGGAUAGGGUCUGUGAAAGAAAGGUCUGGGCUGAGGAGGGAGGGUAGUGGGGUGAGAGGGGGUGUGGGGGUUGGGGUGGGUGGAGGAGCAGUGGGAGCAGCAGCAGCAGCAGCAGGGACGGCUGUAGCAGCAGCAGGUGGGGGCAUACCAGCGGUAGCUGUAGCACCAGUGACUGUAGCCCCAGUGGCUGUAGCGGGGCCGGUGGCGGCGCUACAGAAGGGCGCGCACCGGCGCAUCUCAUCGUGGGUGGACGGGGGCAGCCUGCGGCACACGGACUUCAUUCUGCGCAAGCCGUACCGCGAGGUCACCGAGGUGUUUGACGUGCAGGAGGAGGAGCUGGGCGUGGGGCAGUUCGGAGUGAUUCGGUCGUGCGUGAAUAGGGUGACUGGGGCACUCUUGGCAUGCAAGACAAUCAGCAAGGAGAGGAUCGUGUGCCCAGAGGACGCGGAGGACGUGCGCAAGGAGGUGCAGCUGAUGCAGCAGCUGAGGGGCCACCCCAACAUCAUCGACCUCUAUGAGACGUUUGAAGACAGCAAGCACGUGCACCUAGUGAUGGAGAUCUGCAAGGGAGGGGAGCUGUUUGACCGCAUCAAGCUUAGAGGGCAGUACAGCGAGCGCAGCGCGGCGCUCGUGUGCCAGACGCUGGUGGAGGCGCUGCUCUACUGCCACUCCAAUGGCAUUGCUCACCGCGACGUGAAGCCUGAGAACAUUCUGUUAAUGCACAAGGACGACGAUACCAACAUCAAAGUGAUUGACUUUGGCGUCGCCACACGAUUCAGACACGGCGAGCCCCUGACAGAGUUCGUAGGCACGCCCUACUACAUGGCCCCAGAGGUCCUCACCGGCUCGUACGGCCCCGAAUCCGACAUCUGGUCGGCGGGGAUCGUCCUAUACAUCAUGCUGUGCGGCUUCCCGCCGUUCUGGGCGGCGAGCAACGAGGGCAUAUUCGAUGCGAUCCGGCGCAAGGAGGUGCAGUUCAAGUCCGCCAAGUGGCGCACUGUGACCGAGGACGCAAAAGAGCUUAUAAGGAGGAUACUCGUUAAAGAUCCCCGCAAGAGGAUCUCUGCACUGGAGUUGCUCGGUCAGCAGCAACGACACGCGCGCGUGCUUUCCUUCCUCGGCAAGCUUUCCGCACUACGUGCUGGCGACGUAAAGAAGCAGUAUCUUCCUCCCCUCGCUCCUUACCUCCACCCUUCUCUCCGCUCCUUACCUCCACCCUUCUCUCUGCUCCUUACCUCCACCCUUCUCUCUGCUCCUUACCUCCACCCUUCUCUCUGCUCCUUACCUCCACCCUUCUCUCUGCUCCUUACCUCCACCCUUCUCUCUGCUCCUUACCUCCACCCUUCUCUCCGCUCCUUACCUCCACCCUUCUCUCCGCUCCUUACCUCCACCCUUCUCUCUGCUCCUUACCUCCACCCUUCUCUCUGCUCCUUACCUCCACCCUUCUCUCUGCUCCUUACCUCCACCCUUCUCUCUGCUCCUUACCUCCACCCUUCUCUCUGCUCCUUACCUCCACCCUUCUCUCUGCUCCUUACCUCCACCCUUCUCUCCGCUCCUUACCUCCACCCUUCUCUCCGCUCCUUACCUCCACCCUCCUCCCCAUACGCCUUACCUCUGUCGUUUCUGCUCGCCCCCCCCCUUAGUCGACCGUACGCAGACGAGAAGGAUCGAGACCACGCGGCCAAGCCACGGGACCACCAUCACGCACCUGCCACGUCAGCUGCAGGUCCUGCUGCCACGUCAUUGGGAGGCACUGGAGGCGGGCCAUCAGUAGCUGCUGCUGUGGGUCCACCUGGAUUUUCAUUCCCUGCCACCACUGCCACGUCAUCUGCAU